AUGGAGGGAGGUUCCAAGAAGCUUACAUUGGAGGAGAGGCUCUCUCUGGCAGCUGCUAAAGGGAAGAGGAAAACAAAGAAGCAAGGUACCGGGUCGCCUGCUCAAUCACCGACUCCAAUCGACCUUACAAAUAAACAAAGUAAUGAGAUCUCAAAUGCGAUUGUUUUAAAUGAGCCAAAGGCAGAGAACGAGAACGCAGAUGAUAAUUCCAAAUUAUCGCAGAGUUCAGCGACUGAUAUAGCUCUCAAUGGCGAGUAUUAUAAUGAUGACAAGGACACCUUUUUAAACUCACUACGAAAAUCAAAACCUUGGAGUAGCUGGCUUCCUGCUGAUAUUCAUGACCUUAGUAGUGUCGAAUUGCUCAAGGUUCUCGAACCUCAUAUCAAAGAAAUGGUGAAGCAAAAUAUGCAGCCGCCCAAAAUUGAUAACUCAGCAAGUAGUUUGGUUAAAGUUAUCAAGGAGAAAGAGGAAAUCAUUAGCCAAUUGAGACAGGAGGGAGAGAAUUUCUCAAAAACUGAGCUGAGACUAUCUACAAAUAAUAAAGCUCUGCGAAAGCAAGUAUCAGAUCUUGAGGAGCAAAUAGUAGUUCUUCAAGAGGAAUUAUUUCAAAAAGUAAAUGCACUUGAGAAGGCUUCUGUUGCAGCUGAAGAUUCAAGAAUACAGAUAGACGAACUUCAGAACCAACUAAAUGAGCUGAAACAAGAAAAUGCUAAUUCAAAAUUACUAGAGGAGAAACUAGCUCAAACAAAAGAUCGUUUAAAUCAAUCACAGAACCUUUUGGAUGCUAAGAACAACGAUUUUAAAGAGGAAAAGUCAAAAUGGCAGAAAGAUAAGGAGUCUCUAACGUCAACAACAAGGGAACAAAUCCUGCUUCUGGAAUCUAAUUUAGAGCAAUUACGCAUCGAGCUUGAAACUUCCAAACAAGGAGCAAGUGUAGGAGAUGACGGGGACCAUUGGAAAGAACAAUAUACCGUCCUUCGCAACGAAUUACAAGAUAACAGACAGAAUUGGAACGCGUUGGAGGAGGCACUCAAUACUAGAUUAACAAGCCUUGAAGGUCAAUUAGACGAGGCUAGGAAAGCAGAAAAGGCUCUCACGAGUAAACUCAGUGCCUCAGAUGAGGAAAAGAAAGAUCUGUAUGCCAAACUGGAAAAAGCCACCAACGAAAGAGGAACUGUCCAGCAUGAGCUUAAAGAGCUUCAGGAUGAAAACAAAGCCCUCCAAAGAUCAUUGGAAGAUCUCACAGAUGAUUUUAAGCUACUUCAAAAGCAAUAUAACAUUCAAAAGACUCAUUUAGAGCGCAAGAUUGACUCAAGUGAGGAACGGGAAGGGAAGCCAUCUUUGCCGCUAGAUGAAGAUGAGCCUCCAGUGGAUUCGUCCAAUUUUGAAGAUGAAUGGAUCUUACCGUCAAUGAUAUCAUCUAUCGGUCAUUCAGAUGCACCCAUAGAGCUCAAAGACAAAUUGAAUAACGUUGAUUACGAAAGUGUUAAAAGUGUCACGGAACUUGAAAAAGAACGGCUAGAACUAGAUAUGAAUGACAUACCAAAUGAGGCCUCGGAUUUGGGAUCUUUGAGCAAACUUGGAAUUUCUCGCCAACAUUCCAGUUCGGUAAACAUUAGGAAUAAGUCAGAUGCGCCUGCUUCAAAUCAAAUGAGCGCGCAGAUGGUAGGCAAACUCGCUUCUGAAAUAAGAAGAUUUGAAGUAGAAGUCUCCUCAUUGAAAAGCCAAUGCGAAAGAGUACAGAAAGAGAAAAAUUCGGCGAACAAUGAGCUAGUUAGGCUCAUGGAAGAAAAUGAGAGCUUGAAGAAACUUGAACUUGAGAAAUGCAGUUUAUCGAAAGAAGUUGAGAACUUGCAAUCAAAAUUGGAAACAUCCUUGCAACUGCUAGGGGAAAAAGCUGAACGUGCCGAAGAGCUAGAAAAUGAUGUUCAAGAUCUGAAAGAUAUGAUGAAGCAGCAAAUUCAAGACAUGAUGGAUUUGCGAGAAGCAAAUCAUUGA